CCAGCUCAAGUUAAAUUUGAACAAUGAAGAAUAAAACCUUAAAAUGUAACAAUGUAGCAGUCAAGUUGCAGAAAGUGGUAAGCUUUUCAGGCGGACGUGCGCCGUCCCUGGGACCCACAAUAUAUUUGUCUCCCACUUAGUUUGAGUCACUGCACAAUCACACAUCACUACAGGAUGUCUAGAUUUUGCUUCUCUUUCUUCUAUCCGAUCUUUCUGGUCCAAUUCCAUCCACAUAGGUACUGCGUGGGUCUCAAGCACAUCAUCUGCUGAAAGAAUCAACCAAAAACCUUAGAAAAAAAGAAAAGCGUUCAUUCCAAGCAGAAUUUGCACAAAACAAGAUGAUAAACAAAAGAAGAAUCUCUUCAUUUUCUUUGCUUUAUACCAAUUUGGUUUCCUGUCCUUUUCUUUCAGCAUAAUACCCAUUCUGUCCUACUUUCGGAAAAGUUUUUUUUUUUUUUUGAUGUUGCACAUAUUUUGUUGAUUUAGGCAAUGUGCAUUGUAGAAAAGCAUUUAGAAAUUAAUAGCUAACAGCCUGUGACAGACUUUGUUAACGACCGAUGAAUGAACAACUAAACAGAAGAAGCAGAAACUUAGCUGUAACAACUACAGAUACCUAACAUCAUUAAAUUUUUGCACCUAGAAUUUAGUUUGAUCAGAAAACGCCACGUAGAUCAAGAUGUGUCGCUUAUGCCAUUUUAGUCUAGGCCAAGGAUUGUGCAACUGAAAGUAAUAAACAUCGUAGGUAUAUUACGAAAAGAUAAGGAGAGUGUAGUCAUUUUAACAGAAAAAAAAUAAAGUGGAAAAGAAAGAACCAAAAGAAAGCUUGAAAUGUGCUCUCACCCUUCUUCACAAACUUUCUCUUCUUUACUUUCUUUUAGAUUUUCCUUCGUGUUCAAGUCUUCACAUUGUCUCCCUCAUUCCUCUUCUUCUUCAUUUCCCAUUUCCAUUUCAUUCCAUAUAGCUUUUCGUUUCUCUAGCACAAGUAGAAUUUGCAAAAAACAGCUAUUUGUUUUUGCAACUCCAAUGGCAGAUCAUGCAGAAUCUCCGUAUGCCCAUCCUCAUCCUCAUCAGAGGUUGGUUUCAGAUGUAGAUACUGCAAAACCACAAACUAAGCCAAACCCGCCGAGUAAGUUCUUCUCAUAUUUUCUAUCUAAAUCUGUUCUAGUUGGAAUUUUACUUGUUUUACUACCACUUUUUCCAUCUCAAGCCCCUGAAUUUGUAAACCAGACCAUAUUAACUAGAAGUUGGGAGCUUGUACAUCUGCUUUUUGUUGGUAUAGCCGUGUCUUACGGUUUAUUUAGUCGAAGAAACGUAGAAAAUGAGAAAGAAAAUAAUUCAAAAUUCGAUAGUACUCAAUCUUAUAUGUCUAGAAUUCUUCAAGUUUCGUCUGUUUUUGAUGAUGAAAUAGAUAACCCAUCUUCUUCUGGCUCUGAUGAAAACAAGAUCCAGACAUGGAAUUCUCAGUAUUGUCGUGGUAAUUCAACUGUUGUAGUGGCAGAAACCGGUUCUCUUCUUGAUGAACAUAAUAGAACCAUUAGUAGUAGUAAUUUUAGCAGUAAUGAAAAAAGUAGUCAUAAACCUUUGCUAUUGCCUGUAAGGAGCUUGAGAUCUCAAGUUCCCAAGGUAGAUGAAACUAAACCAGUUCGCCAAUCCAGUGGAUUGUCGUCCGGGUCGCUUAGUAGGUCGGGUUCAGGUGUAAAAAUUCCUUCUCAAAAUAGUCUUGGUAGAACUAGAAGUGGUGAGAAAAUGGGAGGUUUAGAUCCUUCUGUUUUGGAGGAGAAAUUGAAAGAAAAUGUAGUGCUUCCGUCUCCGAUUCCAUGGAGAUCAAGGUCCGGUCGAUUCGAGUUGAAGGACGAUGUGGGUGGUGGUGGAGGCGGCGGCAGCAGCGGUGGUGGUGGCGGUACUCCACCUUCAUAUACUGUUCUUCCUCCAUCGGUUGGAGAAUCUGAAGUUGACAGAGUUAAUUCCUUUGUUCGUCCGUCCACAAUACCAUGGUCAUCUCGGCCUAAUUCAACAUCUCCCUCGCCAAGGAAGCUUUCUCCUGCACCGUCUUUUUCGUCAGAGGUUCAAGCUAAGAAUUCCGAAGAUUCGGGCAAGAGGAGGGGUUAUUACAAAUCUUCUCCUCCUCCACCUCCACCGCCUCCUCCGCCAAUGCUUCACAAAUCUCCGCCAAUGGUGCCAAGUUAUAGGUCAAAUGCUGAUCAGACUACAUCAACUAUGACAUUUGGUGAGGAGGGUUAUAAUUCUGCCAGAAGUUUCCAAAAUGAAUUGAAAGAUUUUAGCAGGAGCAAGAGGGAGGGUUUACCACCAAGUCGAAUGAAUGUGAGUUCUUCGGUGAGGGAUUCUGCGAAACCUGAAGCAAAAUCCAGACACAACAGUUUCGACGGGUCAUCUUCAUUGCUGGGAAAAUCCGUUCGAACUGUUAGAUCGAAUGACCAGAUACAUGAAUACGAACGAACAAGAGAUGUUGAACCAGUGCACGGAGGAGGCAGCAAGGCAGAAGUAUUUGAAAGGAAUUCCUUCUACGAUGAAAAAACUCGAAGAGAAGUUAGUCCUCCAAAGCCACCAAUAUUUUCUAAGUAUCCAAAGGAAGAAAAGAAGAAACAGAUUUUUGAGCAUGUACUCGCAGACUCUGACGAAGAAGGAACUGAUUUCGAAACGAAUGCAAGUCAAGGGAACUCUGACGCUGAAGAAUCCAUCAUGCACAAUUCUGUGAGUGAAGCUAGUCCUCCCAAUCCCAAUGAGGUUGAUAAGAAGGCAGAUGAAUUCAUAGCCAAGUUUAGAGAGCAGAUUAGACUUCAGAGAAUAGACUCGAUUAAGAGAACCAGUGGGAAGAAGAGUGUUAUGAGAACCUCAACACGGUAACAUCGAAGUUUCUUCUUCUUUUACAUGUAACUCGAAUGUUCUUUUUCUUAUGUUGUUUCUGACUUUGGGAGAUGUCUUAAGUUUUUCAUUUACAGCGUAGUGUUAAUACAGAUUAUAUCUAUAUGGAAAUGAAAGUGUCUUUAUAUGAA